CAGUUAUUUCAGAUUAAACAUAUAGUUUGACCUUGAUGAAAAAAUUCUAAAAGUCAUAAAAUUCCCCAAGAAUUUAUCAAUAUGUACUCUGAGUUCCCCAACCUAUUGUUAGUGAGAAUUUGUAGCUACUGGUGGCUACAUCAAUGGGCAAUUUAAGAGUUCUCUUAAAAUAUAACAUUUGCAUAGCCCUUUGAAGAUUUAUUUACUUACACUUAAGUGCUGCAGUCCUGUCUCGGAAGUGAUUCAGUUUAUAUAUUUGCCAUAAUUUUUGCCUUUCAUUCGGCAGAAAGGCCUAUGAGACUACACCCAGGUUCUCCAUUACUCCUAGUCCUAUCUGGGCUUGGAUCGUGGAUGUGGACUGGUGCAGCAUGGUGCAUGGGCUGUUACAUGGAAUUACAGUUUAGAGAGGAGUAGCUCAUUUAUGGUUCUUCCCCCCUCCUCCCCCCCCCUUGGAUUAUGCUAAAUUUGCUCCACCUCCUUCCUAAGCGGAAAAACGGAAGAAGAUAAAUAAAUAGGAAACAAACGUAUGAUGAAUUGGGGAGGCAAUUGUUAACCUCUUGAGACUUCAUAAAAUGUUUUAUCCUUUUUUAUAAAUAUAAUUUUAUUUAUAUAUUUUUUCCUUUAACAUCCAUAAGUGCUUAGUGAACAGUAUAUUAUCUGGGUCAAUACAUUGCAUACAAUUCUGAUAGUGAUAUUACCAUUUAAAUAGACAUAAUCAUACUUUUUCAACUUUGAAGAUUUGUGUACACAUGGUAAUCAUAAUGUGUCCUGUUAUAUUUCAGUAGACAUAAUAUUAUUUUCCCAAUUUCUGCUUUCUUUUUUUCCUAGCACUUAUUAAAAUAACCACCAUGUUAAAAAGUAUUAAAAUGCUUUAUCCUUGAAUACAGAACUCCUGUUACGAGGACAAAAUGGAACGCCUAGAGACCAAAAGAGACAUUCAGAGUUCAGACUACUCUUGUUUCAGGUUGAAAACGCCUCCCAAAUGAAAGGGUCCCCUCUCUCGCCCUCAAAGUGGAGUAUUUCUGAGAAUUCUGUGCAUGGAACAUGUAGAGAUAGAACUUUUGGUGCACUGGCUCUUGAAUGUUAAUUCAUUACUAUAACUUUGGUGUUCUUUCUUUAGAUAUCAACUCUCAGCAACCAUGUCUACCUGUGAUGCUUUCAUCCAGAACCAGCAGCUCUAUGCUGCCUCUGCAGACACUUUCUUGGAACACAUGUGCCGAUUGGACAUCGAUUCCCCACCAAUCACCGCAAGAAACACUGGCAUUAUCUGCACCAUCGGUCCGGCUUCUCGGUCAGUAGAAAUGCUGAAAGAAAUGAUUAAAGCUGGAAUGAACGUGGCCCGUCUCAACUUCUCUCACGGAACUCACGAGGUACAAGGGGGAAAAAAAAUCAAGAAAAACAGGGCAGAAGUUGAUGGGAAUGGAAAGAGCCGCUUUCUGGCUCUUUCCACAAGCGAAGCAGCAGUAAUAAAUAAUUCAGUAACCCCAAAUUUAGCAUCCUAGACUACUGUGUUUUUC